CGGCCAUGAUUAAGCAACGCACACACAUAACCUUUUGACCAUAAUUCAGGUGUGGUUGGCGCAAUGCAUUCUGCUUUGUUGUUAAUUUUUACGACCUUAUGGUUCAAGGCCCGUGGGCAUGUCAUGAUUGAUCCUGAGCUUGGAGUUGAUCCAGAUUCACGUCAACCCUACGUAAGCCAGACAAGCAAUAUAUCCAGUUUUGCAAGUGGACUGUACUGCAGCAAUGGAACUCGGCAGUCUCCCAUCAAUAUCAAUUUUUGCGUUCGUUCCACAAUGACUGCGCUAAGAACCGAGGGACACAGCAUUAAUAGAUCUGAAGGAUUUACCAUGAUUAACACCGGUACUACGGCUCAAAUUAAUUUCGGUGGCUCAGCCCCUUUAUUGUACGGUGGACCCCUUCCGACUGGAUCGUCAUAUGAUCUAGUGCAAGCACACUUCCACUGGGGACCAACAGACACGCAAGGAUCUGAGCAUGCUCAAUUUGGAAACUAUGGACCCUUAGAAAUUCACUUUGUUCACAAGAAGAGUACCUACGCCGACCUCACUGCAGCAAUUGCACAAACCGAUGGUCUUGCUGUGUUUGGAGUUAUUUUUGCGCUGCAAAAUUCUGACAAUCCAAAACUUGACAAAAUCAUUAACCAAUUGACCAGCAUACCUAAUCCAAGUUCGAGCGCAGCUACGCUUGACUCCGACGCAAUGGUCUGGCUCGACGAUGUUUUGUCCACAUUCAGAUACUACAACUAUCCAGGCUCUUUGACCACACAUGACUGCAAUGAAGUCGUUAACUGGAUAGUCAUGCAUAAGACCAUCGGUAUAUCCGCAGCUCAGGUGGAUAAAUUUAGAACAUUGGUGAAUGCAGAUGGCGAUACUAUCCCUGAAGCAAGGCGCGCUGUGCAAAAUUUAAACGACAGGGUGAUUACGUGCGCCCGCGGUUGCCUUGCUACUCCAGCUCCAGAGUCGAUUCCAUGAUUUGAACUUUUAAUUAAAUGUACCGAAACUUGAACAUUGAAUAAAAAGAUGUCGAACGGCA